AUGACAGAUGUCAACAUGUAUAUGUUUAUAGAAAAAGGAAUAAGAGGUGGUAUUUGUAAUACAAUGAAAAGACAUUCAUUAGCAAAUAACAAGUAUUGUAAAGAUUAUGAUCAAAAUAAACCUGAAAUUUUCUUAGCUCAUUUUGAUGUUAACAAUUUAUAUGGAAAAAACUCAGACACAAGAUAUAUUCGUUUAGGUUUAUCAAAUCAAUCUCUAAUUGAAAGGAAAAUAUUACUAGAAAAUACUAAAAUUGGAUAUUCCUUAAUUGCACAAUUAAAGCAAGGAGAAGAAAGAGGACUAAAUGGACCAUCGACUUAUACAUCAAAUUGUCUUGUUCCUAGAGACAAACAGUUACGUGUUAAUUUAGAAGAUGGUGCAAAAUUACCAACUAAGGCAACACCUGAUAGUGGAUGCUAUGAUUUAUUUUGCAACCAAGUAGGUACAUUGGCUCCAGGUGAAAGAAAAUUAAUCAAGACUGGCGUCAAAAUGCAAAUACCACACAAUUGUUUUGGAAAAAUAUUCUCAAGAAGCUCUUUAGCAAUUAAAGGAAUUGAUGUAAGCGCAGGCAUUAUUGAUGCUGAUUUCACUGGGGAAAUAUUAGUACUAUUAAUAAAUAACAGCAUGGAUAACUUUGGCUAUGUUUUUGGAGAUAAAAUUGCUCAAAUUGCUAUUAUAGAACAUAAAGAUUUGACAGCAUUUGUUGGCCCAAUAUUAAAUACAAAACGAGGUAUUAAAGGAUUUGGAUCAUCGGACAAAUAA